UUGCAGAGUCCCUAGCUCCUCCCCACCGGAGCCAUGUUUUCAUACGAUUCCCUCCCACCACCCAAAUCUUUCUUAACAGCCGCCGCAUCCUUCACUGCCUCAGCCCUCCUCUUCAGAACCAUCGCCUCCGAUCUCAUUCCAACCGAGUACAUCAAAUCCCUCUUCAAACGCUUCUCCACCCAACUCACCGUCGUCAUCGAGGAAUUCGAUGGCCUCACCCCCAACCAACUCUUCGAAGCUGCCAACACUUAUUUGGGCACCAAGUUAUCUCCCUCCACACACCGAAUCAAAGCCAAUAAAGCUGAAAAAGACGACGAACUCACAGUCACAGUCGAUCGCAACCAACCCAUAAUCGAUGUCUUCCAAAACGUGAAAUGCACCUGGGUUUUGCACACCGAAGUGAUCGAGGUCGAUCACAACUCGAAUUCUCGGUCUGAACUUAAGUUCUUUGAAUUAAAUUUUCACAAGAAGCAUAAGGAAACAGUGUUGAAGAAUUACCUGCCUUAUGUACUGAAAAAAGCUAUGGAGAUCAAGGAUGCGAAGAAAGCAGUGAAGUUGCAUACGGUGGACUAUUACAGCGGAACCGAUUACUGGAGCCCGGUGGUUCUGAACCACCCGGCGACAUUCGAAUCCAUGGCUAUGGAUCUAGACAAGAAGGUAGAGCUUAUGGAGGAUCUUGAUAUGUUCGUAAGGAGGAAAGAGUAUUACAGAAGGGUGGGGAGGGCUUGGAAACGAGGGUAUUUGUUUUACGGACCACCUGGAACUGGAAAAUCAAGUUUAAUUGCAGCCAUGGCUAACUAUCUCAAGUUCGAUGUCUAUGAUUUGGAUUUAAAGGAGGUGCGAGGCAAUUCCGAUCUAAGGAAAAUGCUGGUUGGCACAAAGAAUCGAUCUAUCAUUGUGAUCGAGGACAUUGAUGCCUGCGGUGUAGGAUUGCCGAGUCGAGAAACAGAGAACGAUGUUUCAAAUUCAAAUGAGGAAGAUGAUAAGAUAAGUUUAUCAGGGCUGCUGAAUUUUGUGGAUGGAUUGUGGUCCAGUUGUGGGGAUGAGCGGAUCAUCGUGUUCACGACGAAUCACAAGGAGCGAUUGGAUGCGGCAUUGUUGAGGCCAGGUCGGAUGGAUGUGCAGGUGGAGAUGUCGUACUGUAGUUAUGGUGGGUUCAAGGUGCUUGCGUCUACUUAUUUGCAGGUUAAAGAGGAUGAAAAGAUGGAAGUGUUUGGAGAGAUUGAAGGGCUGUUGAAGAAGGUUGAAGUGACGCCUGCUGAGAUUGCAGGAGAGUUGAUGAAGAAGAGUGAUGACGUGGAGAUAGUGCUUGGGAAUCUGAUUCGCUGGCUUCAGCUGAAGGAAGCAGAGCAUAAAGAUUGAAAUCAUAAUUAAGCUUAUGGAGUUAUGGUUACAUGUUGGGUGAUCCCUUUGUUUAGUGUAUAUUUCGGCUAUUUGCGUAUAUCUGGGGGUUCAUUUUUGUAUUUAUUUACAAGGAUAAGACAAAAUUGCAAAAAUGGUAUGCAUCUUUUUUUUUCGGGUUUUGGUCCAAACAUUGACUUUUUUGGAUUGACAGUCC